AUGCCUCCAUGGGUGGCCUCAGUGCCGCGACUGACGAUUCUUCGCAAGAUAGGGGCGAUUGAUCGAACCCCACUUGCGCUUCGCUGUUGCAAUGUCACAAAGUCAAGCUCUGCGAGUCUCCGCGCCCGCUCCGCGUCAACACAUGUUUCGCCGACCGCGAUAAAUCUGCGCCCAAAUAUACCCCCGCAUAACAAGGACUUGUACGAUGCAUUAUCCGCACUAAGCGGGGCUGCUGAAACAUAUGUCAAUAUUAGCAAGCUUCAAUUGGCAUUACGGGGUUUGGCGGCGCAAGAUGCCGUCACAAGGGUUGCUGUUCUCGGUUUGAAUAGCCAGUCGAGUGCGCAACAACUAGCACGGCUUUUGCUUGCAGACCCGCUAGGUGCUGAGGAGCAAUGGGAGAAAGAGCUGGUCAAGGCAGGCAAUGACAAUGAGGGGGCUGUAUUGUUAAAAUACGGUACUGAUCCCGACGAACACACGCCAACGCCACUCUAUAAAGUCCUCCCAGUACCCUCACGAACCCUUCAAUCGCAUAACCUCGAGAUCCUCGUCUCUACGAUAAACGUCAAUGUUGCGAAGCCUGUCCCUCAGGUGUCAGUCGAAAGCCCUGUAGAGUCGCUGUUAGUUCCCAAGCUCCAGGCUCCCUCGGAAAGAGCACUGCCCGUUCCGUAUCCAGUGCACAAGACCUUGGUGUUGGGCGAAGGACUAGACAGCGCAAUAGCGUUUGGUAGGUUCUCGGCCAAUGGUCUUGAUGAGGUGGAUGAUACGGUCAAGCUGGCGGUUGACCUGCCGGUUUCAUCAGAAGAGAGUCCCUCAGAGACGCGUUCUCGAAGCGCUCCUAUCAACAUUGAAGUUGGUACGAAAGCACUCGGCAGCUUCCGCGAGUCAAUUCAGAAUUCCAUCAUCUACGAGAGGGGCUGGUUCAAGAGUGGGCUGCCAACGCUGUCAAACUGGCUGGUACAAGAUGUCCAGACUUCAGACGCCAUCAAGCCUACCAUGAAAACACUCAUCACCUCCCUUACCGAUGAUGUAGAAGCAAAACUUCUGAAGGAAGAUACUGCGCGACUACAAGAACUGGCUUCCAUACCCACAGACCAAGAUGUCAAAGCAUCCAUCGUCGGCCAUCUCGAGACCUGGGCUGAGAGGUCCCAUGCAGAGCUCCGCGACCAACUUGACGAAGCCUUCACAUCAAAGAACUGGCACAAGCUAGCCUGGUGGAAGCUUCUCUGGCGCGUCGACGACAUCACAAUGAUCAGUUCCGAGAUUCUCGAGCGACGAUGGCUCGUCUCCGCAGAGAAAAGCAGCAUAUACCUCGCGGGCCGCAUGAACCAAGCCGGCUUCCCAGACGAAAUGCAACCCACAACUGCCACCACCAAAACACCCGAAGUAACAACGCAAGACACGGCGCCAACAGCAGAGAACCCCAUGACAGACCUCUCAACCAACGUCCGCAAACCAUCACCCUGGUCCGAACACAUUGCCAGCGCCCGCACCGAACUCAUCAACGAUACCGUCCUACCUCUUCAGGCCCUUGCUCAACGACUUAUCCUCCAAACUUUUACCACUACAUCCAUCUCCUCUGCGGCAUCCGCCCUGCUCUACCUCUCCGUCUCAUCCUUCUCCGUCUUUGAAGCCUCGGCCGUCGCAGCAUUGGGUCUCACGUACUCGCUGCGUCGCAUGCAGAGGCUAUGGGAAGGCGCGAGGGAGGCGUGGCAAGGUACUGUUAGGGAAGAAGGACGACGCACGUUGAAGGGUACGGAGGAGAGUAUUCAGUUUAUCAUCAAGAAUGGGGGUAGCAAGACGGUUAGCGAAAAAGAGGAUGUGGUGCAGAGGCGGAAGGCGAGGGAGGCUGUGAUGGCGAAGAAGAAGAAGAAGAAGAAGAAGAAGAAGGAGGAGGAGGAGGAGGAGGAGGAGGAGGAGGAAGAGGAAGACUUGUAA